UGUUUUGUACCGAAGGAGAUCACUCGCGGGUUUACUGAGCAAAGCAUAACCAAAUCGAGUACGGUAUCUUUUAAAGAAACAGCCAAGAAUCAAAUACCAAUCUGAAUGCGACUCGGCGCCUGCCAGUGUGGAAGUGUUCCUGGAAAUCGGAUCGGAUUGGCAGACGAACGCUGCUCCUGUUGGUAAUCCGCUUCUGGCCGCCCCGCUUUUGUGUGUUCGAUGACUGGUACUGGCUAGAUCAACAUUUCAAAAUUCUGAUGUGGAGAAGAAGCGCAGCCCCAAAGUGGCCUCGCUGUUACUUUGUAGCAAGAUUUCCUAAAGCGAUCGGGGAAAGUGCGAAUCGUGGCGGGUAGGGGGGACGGAAAAUGGGUGGAACUUUUUUCACGCUUAUUGUUUGAGUGAACCCUUGUUCGGUUGAUUUGAGAAAAGGGACUCUGAAAGAAAGAAAAAAACAGAAAUAUGUCAGAAAUAUUGGAAGCACAAACUUCAUUUCUCACCCAUUUCUUGAAUAUUUAGUUGCUAAUGUUCACAUAUACCCUUCUAAUAACACCUGAAAUUCUUGGCACUUUUGGAAAGAGUUCUGUUUGUAAUGCCACAAAUUUGCUAUUUUCAAGGAUGGUUUGAUCAUUUAAAAAAAUUGCAAAGUGCUACAUUUAAAUAAUAAAUAUGUAUCCAUCUGCAUGGCUUUUGUGUAAUUCUCCCAUUCUCUUCAGUUUGGGCUAGGCUCAAUAAGAUGUUUUGUUAUUUUAGUAUAUAUGCAGUUAGCAUAUAUAGGUAAAGGCUUUGCUUUAGCAGAGAAUAACAAACAUUAUUGCUAAAAUUGCUGCUGCUGCUGCUUUAAGAACAAAAGUUUUACAUUUUUUAAUGGUGAAAGGUACAGUGGUAUACGAAGUUGAUAACAAGCUCUGUUAAACUGAUAGGAUUUACUACUGCAAAACCUGUACAGGGAUUGCUUACGAUUUGGAAAGACCUGGGAAGAUAAAUUGAUUGUCAACAUAAUAAAUGUUAUGUAUCUUUCUUGAAUUCUAUCAACUCUGUAUUUAUAGGUCAAAGACUAACAUUUAUCACAUUUGUUCAGAAACAAGGAAAAUAUGGAAGCAUUUUUAAAUCCUAAAGAAUCGGCCAAGUUUAUAGCAGAAAACAGCAGAGAUGUGUACAUUGAAGAUAGUGGUGUGCAAAAGGUUGCAGAGAUGUUGUUUGAUAAAGUCACAGGGAAGGAAUUCAGUGUCGCUGGCUGGAAGUCUUCACAUGAAUUAAACCCUCAAGAAGCAAGUGAAGAUGCAGUAAACUGGGUAUUUGUUGCUGAUGUGCUCAAUUUUUCCUUUUGGUCUGAACAUGAAGACCACAAAUGCUUGGUGAAAUACAAAGGCAAGACUUACAGUGGCUAUUGGUCUCUUUGUGCUGCCAUCAACAGAGCACUUGAUGAAGGAACACCCAUUACUAGUGCUUCUUAUUUUGCCACUAUGACCUUGGGUCAGUUGAAGCAUGCAUUUCGUUCUGAUACAGAGGUGCCUAUGCCUUUAAUCGAGGAGAGACAUCGUGUACUAAAUGAAGCUGGAACAAUUCUGCUGGAGAAAUUUGGGGGCUCCUACCUCACAUGUGUUAAAGAAAGUGGGAAAAGUGCCCAAAAAUUAUUACAGACAAUAGUGGAAAAUUUCCCAUCUUUUAGAGAUGAAGCUACAUUUCAGGGUAAAAAGGUAGCUUUUUACAAACGGGCGCAGAUCCUUGUGGCUGACACCUGGAGCGUGUUGGAGGGGAAAGGAGAUGGCUGCUUCAGUGAUAUUUCCAAAAUCUCUAUAUUUGCUGAUUACAGGAUACCACAAGUUCUUGUUCAUUUAGAAGCAAUGAGAUAUUCAGAAGAAUUAAUGAACAAACUUAAGAAAGGGCAUAUGUUCCAGUUUGGAGACAGUCAGGAAGUGGAGAUUCGAGGUUGUAGCAUUUGGUGUUGUGAGCUCAUUUGCAGCAGUUUGCUUGAACUUUAUAAAAAGAAAGGUGACAACAUGAGUGAAAAGAUCAAUGCAGUUCUCCUUGAUUAUUAUCUAUGGGACUAUGCUCGGGAUCAUCGAGAAGAUAUGAAAGGAGUACCUUUUCACUGUGUACGUUCCAUAUACUAUUAAUACCAUUUAUAAAUGAUAAUGAUAUAAAGCAUCAAAAGCAUCAAAAUCUCUAUAUAUAAUUUUGAUUUUUUUUUUUUUUUAAAUGGAUCUUUAAUCUCCAUUUUAUGGAGAUUAAAGAAGAAAGGCGUUUUCUUGCAUAUUGACAUUCCAAUUCUAUAAG